AGGAGUGAAGAAUGUGGCCGGUCCCGCGGGCGGGGCUGGCCCUGCUGCUGGGAGUGGGGGUGCGGGCGCCGGUGGUGGGUCUCUUCUUGUUCACUGAACUUCUGACUCCUUUCCAACGAGUCAUACAGCCUGAAGAAAUGUGGCUCUAUAAAAACCCCUACAUAGAGUCUGACCACGUGCCCACCAAACCCAUGUUUUUCAUUUCCUUCCUGUCCCCUUUGGUCUUGAUUUUCCUGGCCAAAUUCUUCAUGAAGGCUGGUAAAGAAGACACCCGGGAGGCGUGCUUAGCUGUUAGCCUGGCCCUUGCCCUGAAUGGCAUCUUCACCAACGCUGUGAAGCUGGUCGUGGGCAGGCCUCGGCCUGAUUUUUUCUACCGCUGCUUUCCAGAUGGACGGGCAACCCAUCAGUUCUUGUGCACAGGGGAUGCACAAGUAGUGAUUGAAGGGCGCAAGAGCUUCCCGAGUGGACAUUCCUCCUUUGCCUUCGCUGGGCUUGCUUUUGGCUCCUUCUACAUUGCAGGGAAGCUCCAUUGCUUUGCACCUGGUGGUCGUGGCCAAUCCUGGCGCCUCUGUGCCUUCCUGGGGCCCCUCCUCAUUGCCAUGCUUAUUGCCUUGUCCCGCACAUGUGAUUACAAACAUCAUUGGCAAGAUGUGCUGGUUGGCUCUGGAAUGGGCUUCGCCUUUGCAUACCUCUGCUAUAGACAGCAUUACCCUGCACUGACGGACCCCAAAUGCCAUCAACCACUGCAGCACGGAUCCAGGCUACCUUCUCCAGAGAGGCAAAAGCUGGCACUUUCUGGCUUCAGCCUAGAUGUAUGAAGGACUCAGGGGUUUCCUUUCUGCGUAUUUUCAGACUCGGGGGGCAGAGAGCUUAAUCAUCCAUGUUAUGCUGUGCUCAAAGGCUGGGGGGCAGGGGACAGGAGAGGCAUCAUUAUUUAAAGUAUACCAGCCUGAUUGAAACUCAGGGCCUCUACCUCUUCUCCUUUAUCACAUAUAUGUGGCCAAGAGAGUGAGUGUAUUCCAGGACAGCAGAAUUGCACAUUUUGGGCUGAGUUUUUGUGGCCAACCCAUUUCUGGCAACAUCAAACCAUUCCUCAUAAGAUCACAAUGGAGCAACGAAAGGUGUCUGGUCCAUUCCCUCAUCGUAAUGCUAGGCAUCGAUCUUCAGUUUAAAUGCCUAUAAACUGAUAUAACAUGAUCUCA